AUGGACGAUGGCAUCGAUCAAGAAACGCUCCGGCUGAUGGUAGCCUUGGAGCUCCAGGAUUCUCACGCAAUGAUGAAAGGAAAACAGCGCGAGGGCGAUCCUCCUCCCGACGCCGAAAUCGCAGCGUGGCUCUAUGAGCAACAACUGAGGGCACUGGAGGCAUCUUACGCGGAUCACGACUUGAACAACGGAGAAGAAGCACCAGCCGACCCGUUCACUACGGCUACCAGAGCCAGUCGCACCAAAGAUUCUCGGCCGGCAAUCCAUACAGAUCAAGCUCGCCAAGUCAUCAAAGCCAAAAAGCUCGGCCAAGCCGAAGAAGCCCGCGAAGCCAACCAAUUCGAAGAACCCAAGAAAGGACGCUGCAUCAUCUGCAAGGAAGAAAUUCUCUUCGCCGAGACUUUGAAGUGCCCUGACGGUCAUAUGUACUGUCACGGAUGCAACGAAGAACGAUUUCAAUUAGCCAUUCUUGAUGGCCUUUUCCCUCCCCUGGAUGCUGUGGCAAAGCAACCCCCCUCGGUUUGA